GGCUUUCAUUUGCAGUUUGGACCUCUCGAGUUGGACAGAAGACACAGAAAUCAACACUCAGCUCUGUGGAAAAGAAUUAUCUUCACUCAAGUUCGCAAUAUGACUGAAAGGAAGAAAAAUCAAAGAUGGGUUUGCAGUUUAAAUCUGAAGCAACAAAAAUGACCUCCAACCCGUGAAGAAGAAGCUGAAGAGAAAAAUAUAUCAAGCCACAUCCAAGCAGUGAAUCAUGUCCAACAUCAGUGUGUCGUGUGCAGAGAUUCAGACAGCAGUGGGGUUUGUGUUCGUGAUUCUGCCUGUGAUUCUGAAUCAAACACUCAACGAUCCUGACUGUGAACAGAGCUGGUAUACUGAGGACGGGCCUCUGAUCGCAGAUCCAUCAGAUCCACACAAACUGAUGUAUCCAGUGACGUCUGUCUCAUCUGAUCAUCUCGUCACUUCUGACUGUGUGAAUCUGAAUCAUGAGAUCAUCUCUGAUGAAUCAAAAUUGGAAAUGGAGACCAUGUUCAGAGUGUUUAAUGACACAGACUCCAGCGGUGGAUCGACACACACUCCAGAUUCACAAAAAUAUCAUGAUUCUGUUUGCAACAAGAAUGAACCGGAAGAUCUGGAUCAGACCAUUGAUGAACAUGUACACCAAGAUCAUCAGCAGCUGCCGACUGAAUUUGGAGGAAGCUUUCAUGGUCUUAAUUACAAGAAAGAAGCAAACGUUGAGAUUCAAGUACUACUGCAGAAGACUGAAGGCCUGACGAUGGAGAAUGAAGGGAAAUGGAUCAAAAGGAGUAGCAGCAUGGACAUGCUUAUCAAUUUUUCAGAUGAAGGUCCGGAUGAGAUUGAUGAGAUUCCUGAGAUGAAAAACCAGAUCGGACUGGGAAAUACUCACAACACAUGCAGUGAAGCGCGCAGCAUUUACUUUGAACAGAACCGCUCUGAGAUUAAACCAUGGCCGGUCAUCUUUGUAAUUAAGUUAAAAAUAGUCAUUUGAUAUAGAGUGCAAUAAAGCAAGAUAAUUAGGGUGAAUUCAGGGUGAUUGGGACACUUUUUGCCAUUGAGAUGAACUGGAAAAAGUGUCAAUCACCCUGAAUUCACCCUAAUCAAUUUAAAAAGUCUAUUAUUCAUCUCCUGUGUCUUUGACAGCGUUUUAAUCAUUGGUGUGGAUAACACCAUAAAAAAGUAUGUGUUGAAAACAGUUUUCAUUUAAAAACGCUCCUCAUCCACACUAUAUAUUAAUAUCCACACUAUAUUAUAUUAACAUAGACCUAUUUUAAUGACAUUAACAUAUAUUAAUUCUUUUAUUUAUCAAAAUAAAGAGAAAAUAGUACAAACUUUGCUAAAGUUAUUCUUUUAAACAAAUAUUAACCUAGACAUUAUUAAAAAUAUAUUAUUUUAGCUAAAGUAUUUGUAUGAAUACUGUGUGCAUUUUACCCCUCACCACCUCAUAUGUAUGAUUUUCACACAAAAAUGUUUUUCCAAUUACUAACAUACUUUUGUCCAAACUGUAGUCAGAUUUUCAAAACUAUAAAAAUACAUUUAGCAGAACAUCCGUCUGUUGUGGCCAUACU